AUGGUGAACACAGAAGUUCUGAGUCAGGAUAAUGUCCUAGACCUCGCCGCGAAAGCUAUCCAGCCUGCAGGCGAUAACCAGCCGAGCCUCAAAACAUCAUAUGAAGCUGUGGCUCUAGUCGGACAUGCAUCCAUGUUAGCAGUAGGUUUUAGCCUGGUUGGCCUUGGAGAAGAUCAUCACUUAGGUUUGCGCCUUCUAUCCUUGAAUUUACACCAGACUCUGCUAACGCUUACAGAAACAUCCACAGAUACACCCUCCCUCCCCGCACAAUGGAACGCUAAUGAUACCCUUGCUUUUCGAUACAAGCACGAUCAGUCAUCUAUGGAAUACUUGCUCAAAGUAAGCCGACUGGGAAACAAUGCCGUUGUCUACGCGCUAGCCUUGGGCGAUGACCGUACCAGCUCAUUCGAUAUCCCCAUCAAAGACUUCAUCUCCGCAUCUGCCCUACCUCUCUCAUCCUCAGACAAUGUUGCAGGUUCUCUACGGGACGUGUUCAUUUCACCAGCUCGACUGAGCGAUCUGAUCGCACUGUUCAAGAUCAACGUCAUCCAAAAACUCGCGCCCGGAUUACACAAGGAAGGAUACGAAGAGACCCCCCAGAUAUCCAGGGAAAGACCACAGGAGGGAAGAGCGCAAGAUCCUCUGCGGGAUGAUUUUCCUCGACCUGCUCGUCCACAACCGUUUGAUGAUCCUCUAUCGGCAGCUCCGCGCCGUCCCAACCCUGUACCAGACUUUGCCCCGCCUGGGUUUGAAGAUGAGUUUGAGAUGAACAGGCCCCCAAGAGGAUACCCAGCAGGACUUGGCGGAGGUAGGAACCCGUACAAUAUCGGACAAAGAGAUCUUUACCCGCCUGGAAUGGGACCCAAUGAUCCGUUCCGCGGAAGCAUGGGCCCUGGCUUUGGCCCCAGUGGCGGGGGGAUGCAUCCCACCUUUGAUGAUCCCCUCUUUGGUGGGGGUGGUGGUGGUGUAGGUGGCUAUGAUCCCCGUGCACCACCUGGUGCUAGAUAUGAUCCUGUAGGCCCCAAUGAACCACCGGUUGGGCGCAACCCAGGACCAUUCGGUAAUCGCGGACGAGGUGGGGGAGGAUUUGGAGGAGGAUUCGGAGGAGGCUUCGGUGGUGGGUUCGGAGGCGACAUCAUCUAA